AUGGCACGGGUCUCCGGCCUGCGCCGGGCGCUGACGGCAUGUGUUCAGGGCGUCACCGGCCUGCAGCAGGGAGUCACCAGCAGCGCACGCCCCGCUAGCCUCUCCUCCCUGGUCGAAGCCGCGGCCAGCACCUCUUACUCCCCGCCACAGCCAGGGUGGGCGCGCCGCGGCGGCGGCGGCGCCGCCGCCGCCUGCAGCAGGGCGCAGCUCAGCGGCGCGGCGGCGGUGGCGGCGGCCGAGGCGCCGCACCAAGCGCUCUACCAAGUAGUAAUCAUGACGGGCGAUGUGCGCGGGGCGGGAAGCCCCGCGCCAGCUGUCAUCACGCUGGUGGGGACAGAGGGCGAGAGCGAGCAGUACCUCAUAGGCGACUCGGGAGACGACCGGGGGUUUGAGCGGGCCACCAAGAAGAGCUACACCUUCCAGUCGCGGCACCUGGGCCAGCUGCAGCGGGUGCACGUGCAGCAGCUGCCGUCGGCCAGCGACGGCGCGGGGGUUGGCUGGUUCCUGGACAGGAUCGAGGUGUCGGGGCCCGAGGGCCAGCACUGGUCCUUCCCUUGCUCCGCGUGGCUGGGGCGCAGCAACCACCCGGCUGGCCUGGACGGUGACCACGAGCGCAACCUGGCUCCGUCCAUCAUGCGCCACAGCGCGCACAGCAUGAGGGAGCCCGCCUACAACCUGCUGGGAGCGCCGCUGCACCUGGAGGCGAGCACGCUGCGCUGCGCCACGCUGCGCCUGCUGUGCUGCGCUGCGCUGUGA